ACAUCUAUUAUUCUAGAAAUUAUCCAAACAAACCACAAAGAAACCAAAUUCCGGAUUGGUCAUUGGACGAAAAUACGUACACCAUUAAAACGUUUGCUGAACAUUGAUAAGUAUUCCAGGAAGUAUUAAUCACAGACCUCAUAUAAUACAAAUAAAAUGUCGACGAGCGUACGCCAUGACUGGUACCAAUCUGAUGCAAAAGUGGUCAUCACAGUUUUAUUAAAGAACGCCAAAGAUAAAAACUACCAUGUAGAGAUUGAGCAACAAAGGAUCCAUAUGACAGCUGAUGGUUAUGAGCUGGAUCUGAAACUUUUCGCACCCAUAAAUGUCGAACGCAGUUCCUACAAAGACUUCCCCUCCAAAGUGGAAAUUACAUUGGCCAAAGAAACCGGCAUACGUUGGGAUGGAUUGGAGGAAACGGUAAAACACAAACCAGCUGUUAGCGCUCCACCUCCAAUACACAAAAAGAACUGGGAUAGCUUAGCAAAAGAAGUGGAAAAGUCCGAGGAGGCAGAAGCUCAGAGUGAAGAGGCCUUACAGCGUUUGUUUAAGAAAAUCUACAGUUCGUCCUCACCUGAAGUGCAAAAAGCCAUGAACAAAUCUUUCUCCGAAUCUGGUGGUACUGUCCUGAGCACAAAUUGGAAUGAAGUGGGUAAAGAAACGGUGGAUGUGAAACCUCCCGAAGGUUGCGAAUUUCGUAAAUGGGAAUAAACCAUGGGAGGUGACACAUACACAUGCACGUAGUUGGACGUCGGAAAUUAGUUUUGCUAUCAAAGUUGUAGCUUCAUUAUUGAGUUUGAUUAUUAUUACCUUUUUUGAGACAUACAUAUAUAUAUAUGUAUUUUUUUUUAAAUAAAACAGCCUUUAAGAUUGUAUUGAAUAUCUA